AUGUCUGAGGCUGAGAGUAUCCCUGAUGAAGAUAUCCUCUUGAUGCUUCGACUAUCCUAUUGGAUUGGUUCCGCAUCUCCAAAAUAUUCGAACUUGCCCAUACUCCGUAUUAUCGAAAAAUAUUCAGCGCUCGUUCUGGCGCAGAACGGAACGUUAUCUCCGGAGGAUUUGACCGAGUACUUUGGGACACCGCCAUCCGAUAUUCCCGGCUUCCUUAAAAUAAUAGGGGGCAUUGACAAUUUAUCUGGCUGGACACCGAUUAUCGCCGAAUACCAAUACCUCCUACCACACCCCAGAAAUAUAGGCAUUAUAUUGCCACUUUUCCUCGUAUUUUUGGCGGUAACAUCGAUUGCUGUGGCCUUGCGGAUGAUAUCAAGACAUCGAGUCGGGGGCGGACUUAGGUCGUUCGACUGGUUAACACUAGCUGCCCAUGUGAGUAAUCAAAUCGCACCUGAGUUUACAAAGCGGUUGGAAGUGCUUUUCAUUCCCUCGAUUUACAGUAUACAACUUCUCAAAGGUCAGGAUCUAUAUAGCUAA